UGAACUGUAGGUCUCACCUAGAGGCAGAACCAAAGGAUGAAGAUGAAGAGGGGGCACAGACUGGUCAUCCCAGAAAUCCAACCCAUGUUGCUCCAUGUCCUGGGGGACCCAUGUUGCACCAUGUUCUGGGAGACCCUCUGGGGGAAGAGCCCAAUGAGGCAACCUUGGCUCCAGGACCCCUUCCAGGACUUCAUGUCCCCACUGACAUUCUGGGGAAAGAGCUCAAUGAGGAAACAUCAAUGCUAGGAUCCCUUCCAGAACCUCGCGUCCCCACAGAUAUUCUGGAGGAAGAGCUCAAUGAGGAAACGUUGGUGCCAGGAUCCCUUCCAGAACUUCACGUCCCCACUGAUAUUCUGGAGCAAGAGCUCAGUGAGGAAAUGUCGGUGCCAAGAUCCCUUCCAGAACCUUGCAUCACCAAUGACAUUCUGGGGGAAGAGCCCAAUGAAGCAACCUUGGUGCCAGGACUCCUUCCAGGACUUCAUGUACCCACUGACAUUCUGGGGAAAGAGCUCAAUGAAGCAACCUCAGUAGUGAUGUGCACGGUCCGGAGAAGUCCAGACCGGCACCGAAGGGGGGCCUUUGAUCAGAGUGCACAUUUUUGCUUGGAUCUACCUUUAGGAGAUUUGCCUCAGUGGCCUGCUGUAUCUCCUCAAGAGAUCAAGCAACUGAUUUCCAAAAUUAAAGGCGUGAAAGCCCCAGGAAAUGACUUUAUUCCUCCUGAUCUCCUGAAGGUCCACAAUGAUUGGCAGUUGUCAAACUUUGUCACAGAUAUCUUCCCAAGUCAUGAAAGGUUUCCACCUUUUCUUAAUAGUUCUGUGCUUUUCAUGUCUGCAUGA